UUCAACCUAGUGGUGUGAGUUAUAGAAACAAGAUCAGAUGACUGGUCUAAAUUGCACUGCUAUGAUGCAUUAAUAGUUUUAGCUUUCUAAAGAGCUUUCUCUUGACUGCAUCCUGGCUGCUCUCCAUGGAUCUCAGGAGAGUGAGGAAUCUUCAGGCACUGGUCAAUGCAUAUGGACAAGAUCCAGGCCUUGUGGGAGCCAAGCAGCUUAUGGUACUUCGGGCCCAUGUGGAGGAUAUAUUAAAUACUUACACAGAUGCCUUUGGCAGAAAAGCAGUCAAGGAGGAAAACAAAUUGGAGGUCACCAAUAGCGAUGAAAGCGAUUCUGACAUAGAUGAAGAUGGUGAGAUCCUUGAACCAGACCAAGAUGUCCUCCAAGAGAUGGGCGAUGAAAACAUGAGGCUCACCAGUGAGAUGAUGGAUCAGGCAAACGAGAAGAGAGAAGAAGCUUUCGAUGCUCUUGAGAAAGGCAAUCUCCAAAGAGCCCUUGAGCUGUUCACAGAGGCCAUCAAGUUGAACCCCCAGUGUAGUGAGACGUUUGUCAACAGAGCAAGUGUCUUUGUGAAACUGAAGAAACCAACCGCUGCCAUCAGAGACUGCAACAAGGCUUCUGAGAUCAACUCCAAAUCUGCACUGCCAUAUAAAUGGCGGGGGAAGGCCUACUUCCUCCUGGGACAGUGGAAGAAAGCUGCCAAUGACUUCACCAGUGCUUCCCAAUGGGAUUGUGAUGCAGAAACAAAUGCGUUGCUUCAAAUGGUGCAGCUCAGACUGCAGAAAAAUGCAGAGUGUCAUCAAAAAUAUGAGCAAAAGCAAGAGCUAAAGGCAAUUCAGGAACAGCUAGAGAAAGUGAAACUGGCUCUGGAAAAGCAAGAGUCCAUCCAGAGAGAGGGGAAUCCCUGGGAUGAAAUGGCGAGAGCAGGUCGGAAACAUCUCAAAUUCUUCUUCACACUCUUGGAUCCCAGAAUGAUGAUGACUUUCCUGGAUGUGGUUUGGAAUCCAGAAAACAUCUACAAAUACCAAAAGAAAAACUUCCUCAUCAAGCUCUCUCACAAACAUUGAUGGGAAAGUUAAUUAUGAGUGGCUUCUCAGCUAAAUAAACGUACCAUUUGGU